CCUGGGGCUGAUCAACUGGUGUGUGACACUACUAGCAGUGCUAAUACUACGGUCCUCAUAUUCCUGGCGUGUGUACAUAUCUACAGGUUCUUACCGCUCAGUAAAUAGGGAGUUUGAAUCAGCACAAUGGCCACUCAAUAUCAAAAAUGUGAGACUCGUGAAGUGGUUAUCACCCAGCCAGGCUCGACGGUGGUCCAGGUGACUAGCACGGUGACCAAUCCUCUGAUGCCACGUGGUAACCCACGUGACUGGCACACUGGAAUUUGCUCCUGCUUUGAGGACAUUCCAACCUGUCUGUUGGGACUGUUCCUAGGCCCAUGUCAUCAGUGCUGUAUCGCGACUGAUAUGGGAGAGAACUGCUGCGUGCCUUGCUGCGUACCAAACUCACUCAUCACGAUGAGGACCCAAAUUAGAGGGCGCCAUAACAUUCAGGGUACUAUCCUCACCGACUGUUGUCUGUCUACUUUCUUGGAGCCGUGUGCACAAUGCCAGCUUGCCCGGGAAGUUAAGGCCAUCAAGGCGGGAAAAGCACAGGCCUAAGACCCCCGGCAACGAUAUAUGAGCUCAACAGCAGGUCAUGGGCAAACGACAUCUUUCAAUUCGCAGACAUUU